UUUGCAUCUCGUCAAAACAAAGCGGGGGCGAGCCAUUGAGCGAGCGGCUGGUUCAUGAAUGAGUCCCCCUCUAGCGCACAGCAGGUCGGAUCCUCCAUCCGCCUGCACCCCGAUGCCCGUUUGGGUGCGCAGACCUACGGCGAACAGUAGAGGAGCUAGCCGCUGAUGAGCCCGGGACCGUAAACACUUCGCACCAGAGCUGCAUGCCCGUUUCAUCCCAUCAGGAACAAACCAAAGGAUCAGGCGCGAUGCUUGAUGGACUCCGGCGGAGGCACGCCUCGCGGCCCUCCUCCCGACCCCUGUCACUCAACUUCAGCACCUUCUCUGCCCCUCCCCCAAGCCCAGACAUGGACAGCAGCAGUGAGCAUCCAAUCAGGAGGACUUUGCACCGGCUGAAGUUGAUGAGCUCCCCCAGCCUCAGCGAGCUGGGAAAGAGCGAGAAAGGUUCACCAGAGGACCGAGGAGAGAAGCAGAAGAGGGCAGGAGCCAACGCCACCUGGAACGGUAUCCACAACGCUGUCAUAGCAGUGUUCCAGAAGAAAGGUUUGGCAGAUAACGAACUCUACGUCCUCAACGAAGGUGUCCGGCAUCUGUUGAAGACUGAGCUGGGGUUUUUCUUCACAGAGUACCUUCAGAACCAGUUGCUCACGAAAGGCAUGGUCAUCCUUCGGGACAAAAUAAGGUUCUACGAAGGUCAGAAGUUACUUGACUCCCUGGCAGAGACCUGGGACUUCUUCUUCUGUGAUGUUCUCUCGAUGCUGCAGGCCAUCUUCCACCCGGUUCAGGGUAAGGAGCCCUCUGUCCGACAGCUAGCUCUGCUUCACUUCAGGAACACCAUAGUCCUGAGUGUAAAGUUAGAGGACGCCCUGUCUCGGCCUCGGGCCCGUGUGCCGCCCUCUGUUACACAGAUGCUGCUUAUUCUACAGGGGGUCCAUGAGUCGCGCGGCGUGAACGAGGACUACCUGAGACUUGAGUCCCUGAUUCAGAAGGUGGUCUCGCCCUACCUGGGCACACACGGGCUUUACUCUGAAGAUGGUACUGAGGCCCAUUGCUGUGUUCUGGAGAAGCGUUUACCGUGGGGCUGGUCCAAGUCUGCAGAUCAACCUUCUAAAAACCCUGUGGUACGAUCGAAAAGCUACAAUAUCCCUCUGCUCCUGACCCCUGUGGCGGAGUAUGACCCAGAUGCCAGCUCUGUUGGCAGUGGAGGAAUUCGGCGCCACUCGGCCUGUGAGAUUAUAACAUGCCUGGAAGAACAAGGACUGGCCUACGCUGACUUGGCCUCAGGAUCUGAACUGUCUGGCCCUUCCUCCAACAGGCUGCGUGUGGGCUCUCACUUCAAUGGUAUUGUACAAGCGGGCCCGAGUGCCAUGGCCUUGCCUCUUUCGUCUCCUUCUAUCCUUACCCUUCAUUCCUCAGGAGCGCUGCACGGCACUGAGGCCACAACAACAAUGACUGAUCUCAGUAAGGGUGCAUCCUCCACACCGCCCAGUGAAUCAUCCAGCCCUGAAACCAUAAUUGGACAAGUGCUUGAGUCUGCCGACUCAGACUCAGAUGGGAUAUUUAUUGAUUUUCCACCUCAUUCCUCGGAGGCUAUGGGGUACUGCCGCGAGAGCAGACAGAGCACCGUGUAGCUGUGGUUGCCUUUUAGGAGGGCAAAAUCUAAAAAAUAAUACAGCUACAUAUCAUUAAAUUAGUGCCAUCUUCCUUUCUUACGAGUCUAUUCCAAAUGCUUUCACUGAUGAGUGCAAACCUUGCAGAUCUAAAAUGUCAACUUUUUUUUAAUUUUUAUAUUUGGUCCAACAACAUACAAAACAAAUCCUAGUGGAAUAAGAUAAUGGACUGAAAGGUUUUACCAGGUUUCCAACUUGAGGAAAAUGUAGUUGUGAGUGACUUUAGCCAGGCUUUUUAUCCUGAGCGUUCAAAUGUUUUCAUAAACCAAAAUCAGUCAGAUUAUAUUCUUAAUGGACACAUCUGGUGACAUUCUAUAUUUCUCUUAUUGACAAAGAAAUUGUUUGAGAAUACCAAAAUCAACAAUUAAGUUUAGCCUCCGUAGCCGAAGCAUGAUUUAUCUUGCCACUGCCACAAAUCCUAAAUCUAAUAACACAUCCAAAACCUACCACACAUGUUUCUUCACUUGUAUAAACGUAGCCACUGUAGUUUAUUUUGACUCAAUGCCACAUUCACAUUGAUGGUUCGUAGAAAAAUGCAACAAAAAUGUCCCCAACAAAUGCACUAUUUACUCUUGUUAUUUGUGAAAGGUACAGUACCAAAGAAUGAUUCUGCUUUCUUGAAUAUGAAACUAUUUAUUUGUAACCCAUUUUUAGAGAUGCAUGUCUUUAGUAGAAAUAAAUGGGCUUGGAGCUGAGUUUCACAGUCACGUUGGGGAAGUCAGAAAGUAUUGAGUGAUGGACACAUUGGGGUUUUUGGUCUUUUCAUGAGAUUUGUUGACAAUAUCAAAAAUAUACAAUAUUGCCUUUUAAAUCAUAGAGGAGCAUGUUAAUCCUUAAAAAAAUUGAGUUAUGAUAUUUUCAAACAGCACCAGUUUUGUUUACCUUUACUGAGGAGAUGGCUGUUAACAGCCACUAUUUAUCCGGAAAACAGACAGAAACUUUCUUUUUUUUCUCAUGGAUUUGUUUUUGUAUUUGUGUAUUUUGAACCUCAUAACAGUUUAUAUGUUGUGGUUAUGUUUUGUUGUCUGCCUCUUGGCAGUAAUAAGGUCUUCUGCUCUCUCUCUUAUGUGCGAUAGCUUAUGAAAAUGUGGACUGUUGAUUUGUUUUUUAUUGUCAGCGGGUGUCAUAGAGGUUUAAUGCAAACAUCUCUUCUUAGAGCAAAUAUCAGUGUGACAGCAUUUGCUUUUCUGUAUUAGCUCUGUACAGCAGCACUCUGAGGAAUGACUAUGUUUAUUGUUUACAUUUGAUAAAGACAUGAACAUUUUUUAACUGAAUGUCGUCUCACGCACUACAUUUUGCACCACCACUACCUUGUAAAUAAAAAUGCAUUGCUGGCUUUUAAGACAGCUAGAUGGUGUAAAGUGAGCGUUUACCUUUAAAUGAAUUGAAAUUUAAAUAAGGGCUUUUUAACUGAAUCUUUUUCAAACAAUGUUUUACCUCAA